UUUAGUUAAAUCGACGAAUUCCUCGUCAAGUUGGAUUGUAAUAAUUUAGCAGACGGCUUGUCAGGAAGAUUCUAAUAAUUAGUUUGUGAUCUCACAAUUUGACGACAACCAUAGCUUUUGUGACGUUAUAAUUGUCUAAGAUAUGUUAUAACAAUGGGUGUGGAUAUGUUUAAAGUGAGAAAGUUUCGUGUAACAGUAUUCGGAGCAAAGAAUCUCAGCAAAAGGGAUUUCUGCAGACUUCCAGAUCCAUUUGCAAAGAUAGAAGUGAAAGGAUCAGGACAAAGUUAUUCUUCUAAUAUAUGUAAAGCAACACUUGAUCCAAAAUGGAAUGAACAUUACGAUCUAUACGUCAGCAAGUCAGACAGUAUUGAAAUCUCAAUUUGGAAUCAGCGAAAAAUUCAUAAAAAGAAGGGGGGAGGCGGAUUCUUAGGAUGUAUCCGUAUCAUGUCAAAUGCGAUUGGUCGGUUGAAAGAUACUGGCCCGCAAAGACUCGACUUGUGUAAACGUCAAACGGAGGAAAACAACCAGGAGCCGAUAAGGGGUAAGGGUCAAAUUGUUGUUAGCAUCGUCAGUAGAGACCAUGAGGAUCGGAUUCCAUCAAAUGCAGUUCUUAAUGCGAGUAUGUUCACCAAUAACAAUCCAUUAGAUGGCGCUAAUAAUCUACCUGAUGGCUGGGAGGCUCGACCGACAGCAACAGGGAGGAUUCAAUAUGUGAAUCAUUAUACAAAAACAAUUCAAUUUGAACGGCCGACCCGACCUGCAGUUCCACACGGUCCGAUGAGAUCGGCAAGUGCAAUAGUAACCAACGGGAACCGGUCGUCAGGCUCGAAUUUACAACGACGAAGCAUGCCGCCAUCUAAUGGAAAUCGAUCAUCCAUGACAGAAACCUCAAUAAACUCUCUAAAUGGCGACGGAACACCAGACCGUCGUCGGGACUAUAUGACACGGAAUACUUUACACCGGGAUGGAGUCAUAGCCAUGCCCUUACCUGAGGGGUACGAACAAAGGACUACGCAACAGGGCCAAGUGUAUUUCUUGCACACCCAGACAGGGGUAUCUACAUGGCACGACCCACGGAUACCCAGACAAUUAACGCAUAUAAAUGGGGAUGAUUUAGGGCAAUUACCCCCAGGGUGGGAAAUGCGGACUACGUCUACCGGUAGAGUCUAUUAUGUCGAUCACAGCAGUAGAACUACGCAGUUCACAGAUCCUAGAAUCAGUCAGUACAUUGAUCAACUACAGAAGAGAGGCAAUGGGAACGCCACAGAGGACAUGGAGAACGACCCACAACUGCCAAAGUAUAAACGAGAUCUCGUGCAAAAAAUGAAAGUAUUAAGAAGUGAAUUAUUAACCCAACAACCUCAAACUGGCCACUGCAGAAUGGAAGUUUCAAGAACUGAAGUUUUUGAAGAUUCAUAUAGACAAGUAAUGAAAAUGCGACCAAAGGAGCUUAAAAAACGACUGAUGGUAAAGUUCAAAGGUGAAGAGGGUUUGGAUUACGGUGGAAUCGCGAGGGAAUGGCUUUAUCUUCUCUCCCAUGAGAUGUUGAACCCUUAUUAUGGAUUAUUUCAGUAUUCACGAGAAGACAUCUACACUCUUCAAAUCAAUCCUGAUUCUUCUAUAAAUCCAGAACAUUUGUCGUAUUUUCAUUUUGUCGGACGAAUUCUCGGAAUGGCAGUUUUUCACGGCCAUUACCUCGAUGGGGGAUUCACGAUGCCUUUUUAUAAACAAUUGCUUGGGAAACCCCUAUCCUUGGAGGACAUGCAGCAGGUUGACCCAGAAUUGUAUACUUCAAUGCAUUGGAUAUUGACGAACGAUAUAACCGAUGUUCUCGAUCACACUUUUUGCGUAGAACAAGACUCGUUUGGGAAGCGAGUCGAGCAUGAAUUAAAACCUGGGGGUUCGGAAAUCGAAGUCUCAGAAGAUAAUAAGAAAGAAUACGUCCGACUUUAUGUUAAAUGGAGAUUUUUGAGAGGAAUUGAAGCCCAAUAUCUGUCACUUUCUAAGGGUUUCUAUGAGAUUGUCCCGCAACAUCUCCUGCGUCCAUUCGACGAACGAGAACUUGAACUGAUCAUCAGCGGUCUCGGAAAGAUUGACAUCAAGGAUUGGAAAAAAUAUACAAAAUAUAAGCAUUGUAACCAGGACUCAAAUAUUGUUAAAUGGUUCUGGAGAACGGUGGAAUCUUAUGAUGAAGAGAAACGUGCUAGGCUGCUCCAAUUUGUCACUGGUUCUGCUCGAGUUCCUCUGCAGGGAUUCAAAGGGUUACAAGGAUCAACAGGAACCCAAGGUCCGAGGUUGUUCACAAUCCAAUUCGUCGACUGUAAAACUGACUGCCUUCCUAAAGCUCAUACAUGUUUCAACCGCAUUGACAUCCCGAAUUACGAAAACUAUGACAAACUUCGAGACAAAAUCACAUGCGCGAUUGAAAACACUUGCGGAUUCUUCACAGAAUAAAAAAGCAAUGAAGCAAAACGUCUUCAAGUGGCGGAAUCAGCUGCAACUAUCGCACCAAUCUCAAUAUUUAAACUGUGUGAAUAAGCUGAAAAUACUCGCCGUUAGAGUAAUAUGGAUCUAGAUGAGGAGGGAGCGUCGAACUAAAAAACUAUAAAAAAAGCUGCUAGGCUUUGUGUUCCUCCCUAACUAAACGAUAAUUAUAUAA